AUGCUGAGGGGAAUAGCGUCUGGUAUGAAGUACUUGACAGACAAGGGAUAUGUGCACAGGAGGCUCACUUGUAAAAUUGCCGACUUUGGACUGUCACGUGGUGUUGACGACUCUGCUGAACAGGAAUACACCACCAAUGGCGGAAAGAUCCCGGUCCGCUGGACGUCACCCGAAGCCAUUACCCAUAGGAAAUUCACGGCGGCAUCUGAUGUGUGGAGCUUUGGUGUGCUUGUCUGGGAAGUGUGCUCGUUCGGAGAACGGCCAUAUUGGGAUUGGACAAACCAGAAGGUGAUUAGCGAGAUUAUGCUCGGCUAUCGUCUGCCGCCCCAAUGGACUGUCCAGUAG